AACGCAAAACCCUAAAGAAACACGAAAGGUUAAUGAAUAAUUGCACUGCAGGGAACUGGAUUGGGUUGUUGCAGCUGAAGCGGAGAAGCAUGGCGAUUUUGCCUUCGCUUGCAGUUCCUUCAACUCCCACGUUUCGGGUAAAGCUGUUUCAAUGCCAACCCUGCCAAUUCCACAGAUGCUCAGAAAUAUACUGUCCCCGUCUAAGAAGUUAUAAUCGAACUAGAUCAUUCAAUGUAUCAAUGGCAGAGCAUAAUGAACCCAAUGAGGUUAAGAUGAAGAUUGGAAUCAUGAGGGAGAAACUCAAAGGAACAAUACCAGUCUUUGUUCAAGAAUUUCCUUGGAAAAAAGCUGAGCAUAUAUUUCUAGAGAAACUGUUUAAUCUUGCACAAGAGGCAGGGAAAUGGUCUCUUGUUUUGUUUUUAAUUUAUAGCUUUGUGUCAGACGUUGUAUAUACGUUGUCCAUAAACCGUGAACUGAUAAUUCCUAUUGGCCUCUUUGCUGGCUGUCUUGUGGCUGAUUUCUUGAAGGAGAUAUCACAAGAAUUGUUUCAUAGAUCUGAGGAGAAGGUUUUGAAAUGGCGUCUUCUGGGAAUGUACUUCAUUUUUGUGUUUGUGAAGAUCAUGUCCUCAUGGUUUGCAACACUGCCUCGUGUAUUUCUCUUGCAUGUCGGAAGUGGGGGACUGAUGCAGGUUUUGUGGCAUUGGAGAAAUUUGAUUGAAGAUGCAAAGAACCAACAAGAAAAUAGUAACUUCUCUAAUUUGGAGACUUCGUGAUAUAUUGAUGGAACAGUUAACUGGCAGAUAAUACAGAUUGGGACAUCAUUAGGUUUCCUUUUCUACGUGCAAACUCCACUUUUUGGUUUCUGGUGUUCUUCAUGAAUAUAUCAGUAGUCAAUUCAACCCGCAGAAGAGCAAGUUAUACUUGUGCAUUACCAUUUAUAUA